AUGUCCCUUUCCAAUAGCAGUGAUGCCCUUCCUGAUACGUUCUUCCUGGUAGGCAUACCUGGGCUAGAAGCUGUGCACAUCUGGAUCUCUAUCCCAUUCUGCUCCAUGCACUUUUCUGCCCUGCUUGGGAACUCGGCCCUCAUUGUCAUCAUCACCAUUGAGCGCAGCCUCCACAAGCCCAUGUACAUCUUCCUCUCUAUGCUCUCUGCCACUGACCUCUCCCUCAGCUCCACCACGGUGCCCAAGAUGCUUCAGAUCCUGUGGUUUGGGGAUGGGAGCAUCUCCUUCAGUGGCUGCCCGACCCUGAUGGUCUUCAUCCACAUCGUCUUUGCCCUGGAUUCCUUCAUCCUCCUGGCCAUGGCCUCUGACCGCUACAUAGUCAUCUGCCACCCACUGCAUUAUGCUUUAGUCCUGAUGCCCCAGACCUUUGGGAAGACUGGCAUCAUGGGAAUCAUCUGUAGCAUGGUUGGCGCAUCCCCAUUCAUAUUCCUUCUAAAUCGGUUGCUGUACUGUGGCCACCGGCUCAUCCCACAUACAUACUGCGAGCACAUGGGCAUUGCCAGGCUGGCCUGCAGCAACAUCACUGUGAACAUCGUGUAUGGCCUGACUGUUGCCCUCCUCACCAUGGGGCUGGACGCUGUACUCAACACUGCGUCGUACAUGCUGAUCCUUUGCACUGUUUUCAGGCACCCCUCCUGCAAGGCCCGACGUAAAGCCCUCAACACCUGUGGUUCCCACCUCUGCGUCAUACUCAUCUUCUACAUCCCGGCCUUUUUCUCUUUUCUGACCCACUGCUUCGGGUGCCAUAUCCCUCACCAUGUCUACAUUUUCCUGGCCAACCUUUAG